AUGGUAGUCUUGCAACUCCGAUUUUUACUAGUUCCAUUCCUCACAAGCGUCAUGGGAGCGGCGCAAUAUAUGAUGCAAGACGCAGCUCUGAUGAACUACAUCGACCGGCGUUUCCUGUCUCUGGAGAAGAGGCUGGAACAAUGCAACCACGACAUACUGGAUUACGUGGAAGAAUUCCGAGACUUUUCAAAGAUGGUACUGUCACGCCUGGCGGGACUGAACAAUUAUAAGACCGAGGUUAAAAGUGAAGUAGAGAAUUUGCUAACAAGAAUUGAACGAGCACAAAGGGACAUUGACUAUUUUGGAUCUGUCACAGAUUCUAAUACAUGUAUAGAAGUACACGAAGACCUGGUGAAACAGCAGCUACUUGAAGAAGCAGAAGAAAAAAAGAAACUUAAACUCAUGCUUAAUGCAAGUUGUGACCACAUGCUUGCAGGUAUUAAGUCCCUAAAGAUAGUUAAGAAGACUGGAGAUAAGCAUGGCUCUUGGAUGAAAGAUCCUGGCAAAAAGCAUCCAAAGAUUUAUUUAUUAAAUGGUUCAGUAAAUAAUGUUAUUUUGGAAUUUGCAAAUAUCAUGACAUUCAUGGAAAGCAACCAUACACUAAAAGCUCGCAGAGUCACCUUGCCACUUCCCUGGGAAGGAACUGGCCACAUCAUAUAUCAGGGUUUCUUGUUCUAUCACAGAUAUGGCUCCCUAAAUGAGAUAAUUAAAUUCAAUAUCCAGAAAAGAAAUAUAACUGACCAAAUGCUACUGCCAGGGGCUGGAAGGAUUCCUGCCUAUAAGCUUUCUUCAUCUACAAAAAUAGAUCUUGCCAUUGACGAGCAAGGGCUCUGGGCAAUCCAUGCAGAACCAGAGACUGGAGGAAACAUUGUAAUUACUAAAAUCAAUCACAUAACCAUGGCAAUAGAGCACACUUGGGACACAUCAUGCAGCAGCAAGGAUGCUGAAGCAGCUUUCAUGGCAUGCAACACACUCUAUGUUGUCUAUAACUUUCCUAGUGGAGGAACCUCUCGCAUACAGUGUGUUUAUGACGUUUUGGAUGCUGUAAAUACUUAUGAAAUCCCUGCAUUGCAUUUUCCAAAACGUCAGGGUAGCCAUUCCACUAUACAUUACAAUCCUAAAGAAAAGCAACUCUUUGCUUGGGGUGAUGGAUCCCAGAUCAUUUACAAGCUUCACACAAAGCAAAAAGUUUAG